UGCAAUGCUUCCAGUCAACCACGGAUGGUGAUGAGGGUUUCCGCUGUACCUAUAUUAGUGGUGCUCUAGUCACAGACUACCAGAACCUAUGGGAAUCCAGCAAUUUCCAUGCACUCUUACUUCCCAGAUCUCGAAGAAGAUAUGACGAUCCAUAUGAUGAAUGGAAAAGUGAGGACGUUGUACCUAGACAAAUGUGCUGUGAAAGGGCUAUUCUGAGUGAGGGAUAUUGUGAUCUUUAUGAGGAGCGUCGCCCACAGGCAAGCUGUGACGGAUACAACCCUCCCAAUGGUGCUCAGGGAUCUGGUGACCCACACUUUGUAACAUUUGAUGGGAGGAUGUACAGCUUCAAUGGAUUUGGCGAGUACAUUAUGAUGCAAUACAACAAUAAUGACCCAUUUGUUCUACAGACUCGUACCGGCGUAGCAUUCAGGAAUGGUGAACCUGUCAACACAGGGACCGUUUUUACGGGUUUCGCUGCGACACAAGGCAUUACAAACGUAUCAUUUACUUUAAAUGAUGAUAGAACAGAGCUGCUACUCUCGGUCAACCAGACGUCAGUCGAUAUAUCAACUCUUGAAGCAGAUGGCUAUGACUCCGCUGACCCAACUUUCAACUUACACAGUGAUGAUGAGGCGGCAGAAAGUGAAACUGCUAUCAUUGUAACCUUCAAACUACCAGACAUACCUAGCUCCGGACUUCGUGUGGUUUUCAGAACCGGGAUAUUACUAGGAAAUAGUUUUGUUCCUCGAGAAUACGCUACUGGAGGGAUUGGAAAUGGUCUAUUCGGCCUCAUGAAUGGUGAUAAGAAUGAUGAUUUCCAAUACCGGGACGGAACCAUCAUCAUGGAUACGGCUGAGAGAAACCUGACAGGGAGAGAUAUCUUUGAUUUUGGACAAAGUUGGAUGAUCUCACCGAGUGAAUCCCUCUUCGAUUACGGCGAUCGGGAUUGGAGUUACUAUAAUGAUCCUGACUACGUCCCUCCCUUCCUCUCAGAGCUGAUUGCGGCAGACCCGGAUUUGGCAGCACAAGCUAAAGCGUUUUGUGGGGAUAGUGAAGCAUGCCUCUUUGAUUCCCUAGCAGUUGAUCCAUCAGUUGGUUUAGAUACAUUGUCUUCUAAUAAUGCUUUUGAAAUACAGCUAUCGGAUUUAAAUAACUUCCCACCAAACAUCACAUCUGUCAUUGAGACCAGUUCGACAGAUGCACUGUCAGAGAGCGGUAUACUGCGUGUAAUUGUUGACCAAACAGUUACCUUACAAAUAACAGCUUCAGAUCCAAAUGACGAAGAUGUUGUCCAGUAUUCAUUGCAGGGUGCUCAGUCUGGCGCAACCAUAGACCAAAAUACUGGAUUGUUCACAUGGACUCCUCCAAGCUUAGAUGUUUCUAUGAUUGAGAUCGUAGCAACCGAUGAUUUUGGAGCGAGUACAUUACUAACUUACAAGGUCAGAGUGUGUCAGUGUUCCAAUGAUGGAGUAUGCAACUUUGACAACUUAGCAGCAAAUCAGGAUCUCAACAACAAUGGCUUUACCGUUGUCACAUGUACAUGCGAUGUUGGCUGGUCAGGUGAUCACUGUGGUGUAGACUUCGACUCUUGUCAACGUUCCCCUUGUUAUGAAGGUGUUUUCUGCUCUGACUUGCCGCCACCUUCAGUUAUGCCGAUGUGUGGACCAUGCCCACCGUCUCUUACAGGAGAUGGAUUAACUUGCUUUGAUGUUGAUGAGUGUGCAAAUGACACACUUAAUGAAUGUGAUCAGAACUGUGAUAACAGACUUAAUGGAUAUGAUUGCACAUGUAAUGAUGGCUUUACACUUGAUAUGGAUCAAAGAAGGUGUAAUGAUAUCAACGAAUGCAUAUUGGGUACACACGGUUGCCAAAACAACAGUCUUUGUAAUAAUACCAUCGGUUCCUAUCAGUGCUAUUGCGAAGUCGGAUUUUCUCCAAUUACAAAUGAUAACGUCAAUUGUGAAGAUAUUGAUGAAUGCACGGUGGAGAGCCCUUGCGAUGUGGAAGCAAUGUGUGGAAACAAUGAAGGCUCUUUCAUAUGCACUUGUAAUGAGGGUUACGUAGGAGAUGGAACCACUUGUACAGAUAUGAAUGAAUGUCUGGACGAAUCUCUAAAUGACUGCGCCUCACAGGCGACUUGUGAUAAUUCACCUGGUAGUUUCUCAUGUGUGUGUGAUGGAGGCUGGGUCGGCAACGGUACCUUCUGUGAGGAUGCUAAUGAGUGCUCCACUAACGACGAUGAUUGCAGUGAUGAUGCGACGUGUGAGAAUAAUCCUGGGAGCUACCUGUGCAUCUGUAAUGCAGGAUAUGUUGGAAAUGGAAUUGAAUGCUUUGACAUCGACGAGUGUGCCUCUGAAGAUGAUAACUGUACCAUGUCAGCUCUGUGUGUCAACACAAACGGAUCGUUUGAGUGUCGGUGUGCCGACGGCUACAUACAAAAUCUACAGGGAGAAUGUGAAGAUGCGAAUGAAUGUGACGAUGACCCUAAUUGUGAUAUGGACGCACAGUGUGUGAAUACUAAUGGAUCAUUUGUCUGCUCAUGUAACGAAGGAUUUCAAGGAAAUGGAUUCGCAUGUGAAGAUAUCGAUGAAUGUACAUUGGGAACUCAUGACUGUCAGCAGAGCUGCAUUAAUGACAGUCCUGGGUUCAACUGCAGUUGUUUUUCAGGCUUUAUUCUUAUGAAUGAUAACAAGACAUGCAUGGUUACUGAAAGUUGUGACCUCGAAUGUGGCUCUGGUGUCUGCAUUAAUUCUACGGACGGGGAAAUCUGUGUAUGCGAUCAGACUGGAUAUGAAUUCAAUUCAACUAUAAACAACUGCACAGACGUCAAUGAAUGCCUUGGGGAGAAUCGUUGCGAAAUGGACUGCGAUAACAUCCCAGGAGGAUACGUCUGUUCCUGUGUAACGGGCUUCUUGCUCGAUGUAAACGGAAGAAGUUGUUCAGAUCGGGAUGAAUGUCUUGAUGGUACUCAAGAUUGUGAUACCAAUGCUGCAUGUUCCAAUACAGAAGGGUCCUUCUCCUGUUUAUGCAAUGAUGGCUACACGGAAAAUGGAGCAAUGUGUACAAAUACCGAUGAGUGCCUUUCUACGUCCCCAUGCCACGUCUUCGCGAAUUGCAUGGAUACAAAUGGCUCUUUCAAUUGUAUGUGUAUGCCAGGUUUCUCUGGUAAUGGCUUCAGCUGUGUAGAUAAUAAUGAGUGUGAUCAAUCUCCUUGUGAUGAGAAUGCUGCAUGCAACAACACAGAUGGGUCCUUCUCAUGUACCUGCCUUGAAGGUUAUACUGGGAAUGGUCUAAGUUGCUCAAAUAUCAAUGAGUGUGAAGUAGACCCGCCGUGUGGUGUGUAUGCUGACUGUUCAGACAAUGAAGGUUCGUUCACAUGUUCCUGUCUGCCUGGUUUUCAAGGUGAUCCCUACGCGGCAUGUACCGAUAUCAUUGAGUGUCAGAACCCAUCCUUGUUCACAUGCCAUCAACUAGCGUCUUGUGUGAAUACUCUUGGAAACUAUUCGUGCGAAUGCAACAAUGGUUACGAGGGAGAUGGGAUAUCCUGCUCAGAUCAAGAUGAAUGCAGUGAUGUCCUUCAAUUCUGUGGACCAAACAGUAACUGCUCCAACUCGGUUGGCUCUUAUGAAUGCAUGUGCUCCGAAGGUUACGUGAGGGAGAAUAUGGAUAGCAAUUGUACAGAUUUUAAUGAAUGUGACAACGUUCAAAACACCUGUCCUCCGGAUAUCUCUUCGUGCGUGAACACAGAUGGUGAUUUCAUGUGUACAUGUGGUUCUGGGUACCAGAAUGAUUCACCCAAGACCUGCAAUGACACAAAUGAGUGCGCAGAAAGUACUCGUGUCUGUAGCGACAGUCGAGAAUGCAUCAACACUGUGGGACACUUCAGGUGCAUCUGCACUGAGGGCUUCGCUGAAAUUGGAGGAAGCUGUGAAGCGUCCUUAACCUUGCAACUGAGGGUAAGAUUUGAAGCCAUUCUCGGUGCCUUAAUUGCUGCCAAUCCAUCUAUUAUCGAAUCUGCUACAAAUCAAGAGCAACUUGAACGUGACAUGCUGAUGUUUCUCCAAGGCAUUUCAGAACUUGGGGAAUCUGUAUAUAUGGCUACAAUAUCAGAUGUGAAUGUGACCAGUCCCUAUGCUGUCAUAGACUUCAGGACAGAUGUUGAAACAACACUAAAUAUCAACGACACAGUAUUGGAAUCGUUGUUCAACAAUGCUCUACCAGAUAACCGGCGCUUUGGAGUUUCAGGAGCCGAAAAUAUAGUCAAUCAAGAGGAUGUUGAUGAAUGUGCCGAUGAUCCAGUCCCGUGUACUAACGGAAUGUGCACUAACACCAUUGGGUCUUUCUUCUGUACUUGCAAUGACGGAUAUAUUGAAAAUGGAGCAAGAACUGCUUGUAUUGAUAUUGAUGAAUGCGAAGAUGAUUCCACCCUCUGUGCUAAAGGAACAUGCUUUAACACCGCCGGUUCUUAUACUUGCAACUGUGACGUAGGGUUCCAACUAGAUGGCACUGGUGUCAACUGUGAAGACAUUAUUGAGUGCGAUGCUGGGAAUCUCUGUGCUAAUGGAAUGUGCGAAAAUAACGAGGGAUCAUACAUGUGCUUAUGCAUUCCUGGAUUUGCAGUAGAUUCAACAGGAACUGAAUGUCAGGACGUUAACGAGUGUGAUGACGAUUCCUCCCUGUGCGUCGACGGAACAUGCAACAAUAUCAUGGGGACGUAUAGUUGUGACUGUAACAACGGUUAUGAGAAGAGUAUCAACGGAAAGGCUUGUAAUGAUAUCGAUGAAUGUGCAAACAUUCCAAACCCAUGUGGGAAUGGAACCUGUAACAAUAUUGAUGGGACUUAUGGGUGUACCUGUGACACUGGAUUUGAGGCCAACGAGAGCGGUACUGCCUGCAAUGACAUCAAUGAGUGUGCUGGUAAUGCUAAUCCCUGUGUUAAUGGAGAAUGCACUAAUACCGAUGGAUCUUACAUGUGCACCUGUGGCAGCGGCUUUAGAUUAAGUGUGGAUGGCAGUACAUGUGACGCCGAGUGUGGUGGAGUUGUUUGUCAGAAUGGCGGAGCAUGCGGGAGUACUAACCAGUGUGAUUGUGCUAAUACCGGUUUUACCGGUACUUUGUGCGAGAAUAAUAUCGAUGAAUGUGAUAGCAAUCCUUGUAUGAAUGGAGGAAGUUGUGCUGAUGAAGUUAAGUCUUUUACUUGUUCUUGUGCUGAUGGCUAUACUGGGACUCUGUGUGGAACAGACAUCGAUGAAUGUGCAAACAUUCCAAACCCAUGUGGGAAUGGAACCUGUAACAAUAUCGACGGGACUUAUGAAUGUACCUGUGACACUGGGUUUGAGGCCAACGAAAGUGGUACUGCCUGUGAUGACGUCGAUGAGUGUGCUGGUGAUGAUAAUCCCUGUGUUAAUGGAGAUUGCACUAAUACCGAUGGAACUUACAUGUGCACCUGUGGCAGCGGCUUUAGAUUAAGUGUGGAUGGCAGUACAUGUGAUGCCGAGUGUGGUGGAGUUGUUUGUCAGAAUGGCGGAGCAUGCGGGAGUACUAACCAGUGUGAUUGUGCUAAUACCGGUUUUACCGGUACUUUGUGCGAGAAUAAUAUCGUUGAAUGUGAUAGCAAUCCUUGUAUGAAUGGAGGAAGUUGUGCUGAUGAAGUUAACUCUUUUACUUGUUCUUGUGCUGAUGGCUAUACUGGGACUCUGUGUGGAACAGACAUCGAUGAAUGUGCAAACAUUCCAAACCCAUGUGGGAAUGGAACCUGUAACAAUAUCGACGGGACUUAUGAGUGUACCUGUGACAGUGGGUUUGAGGCCAACGAUAGUGGUACUGCCUGUGAUGACGUCGAUGAGUGUGCUGGUGAUGAUAAUCCCUGUGUUAAUGGAGAUUGCACUAAUACCGAUGGAACUUACAUGUGCACCUGUGGCAGCGGCUUUAGAUUAAGUGUGGAUGGCAGUACAUGUGAUGCCGAGUGUGGUGGAGCUGUUUGUCAGAAUGGCGGAGCAUGCGGGAGUACUAACCAGUGUGAUUGUGCUAAUACCGGUUUUACCGGUACUUUGUGCGAGACUAAUAUCGAUGAAUGUAAUAGCAAUCCUUGUACGAAUGGAGGAAGUUGCGCUGAUGAAGUUAACUCUUUUACUUGUUCUUGUGCUGAUGGCUAUACUGGGACUCUGUGUGGAACAGAUGUUAAUGAGUGUGAGCUUGAUUCGAGUCUCUGUAAUAAUGGAAGAUGUGUCAACUUGGAUGGAUCAUACACUUGUAUCUGCAAUGCUGGAUUCACAUUAGUCAAUGCAAAUUCUUGCAAUGCUUUCCCAAGAGGUCUGUCCACUAGUCAAGUGACUGUGAAGAUUACAGGACAAAGUCUGAAUGGUCAAACCCUGACGUAUACACCAGAAUUAACCGAUAGGUCAUCGGCCAAAUUCAUCGAAUAUGAAGUUGCAUUCUGUUACAUUUUCAGCCAAUAUGUAAAGGAACAGUUAGGUUCUCAACUUGUUGAUGCUAAUUGCAUAGUGCGGUCAUUCAGCCAAGGUAGCGUAGUCGGUGACGUGCAAGUGCAACUUGCUGCUGAGAGCCAAAGUGUAGCAGAUGGGCUUGCUGUGAGUUUAUCUGCCUUAUCUACCAACAUUGAUCAAAAUUUAUCAGCUAAUGGUCAAACUCUGGUAGCAUCUAUAUCGGCAGAAGUUCAGUGCGAUCAAUCAAAUUGCCAGAACGGCGGGGAAUGUACUUCUUCUGGACAGCCUUGUAAUUGCCCAGCUGGUUUUACAGGAGACCUUUGCCAGAAUGCUUCCCAAGGAUUGUCGAAUGGAGCCAUCAUUGGUAUUGCUCUCGGAGUUUUUGGUUUCGUUCUCGUCCUCAUAACCUGUGUCUGCUGUGUUUUCGUACAAGGUGUUAGACAAAAUCAAGCAACAAAACUGAUGCUCGCUGAACAACGGUAUGACAAUCCAAGUAGACAAAAUAGAGGCUUCUACGGAAACGAAUCUUUCAAUGGUUCUGAUGAGUACAACUCCCUUGAAGGACGCCGGUAUGCUGUUGGUCAAGCAUUGGAUCGACUGCGCCGAACUGAUGUACAGCAUCAUGGAGAUCGCAAUUUCAGGACUCCCUAUGUGGUAGAUGGGAGUGAAACGUACAAUGGUGUGGAGCGAAAUCCCAUGCAUUAUUAAUCACCAAGAAACUUACCUUCGGACAAAGAACGAAUAUGACAACGGAAAAGAAUUUAGUGAAUUAGUUACGUCUUAUGGAUAGAUGGGUUCUCUUCUGGUAGGCUAAAUAUCAAAGUGUAUACAAUCAUAUUAUUAGAUUAAGUAAUGGCUUACUUGCAUUUGACAGAUUGACUGAUUUAAUUGAUGUAAUCAUUCCAAGUCUCUGUUACAAACAACCAUACUAUUUUAUCAAUUAACGGCUUACUUGCAUUUGACCGAUUGGCUGAUUGAAUUGAUGUAAUCAUGUUAAACUCACAUCAUUUUAAAAAGACUGCUUUUCAGCAAGUCUGUGUUACAAACAUAAAACUAAUGUUAUACAGAUCGAAUUGGAUAUAAGUACAUGAAUGAUUUCAAUGUAAUUUACUGUAUCUGUGAAUAUAUAAGGGCUUCAUUGUUAAUCUAGAAAUGGUUUGAUAUCAUAUCUUUAUUGAUCAAGUAAUUUAUAUUCAUGUUUCAAAAAAAUUAAAAAUGUGGUAAAACAUGAUUUCACCCAAACUGUUAUCUAAAGAGCCGAUUCCUAUCCCAUGCUUUUAACAUGUACCAAUUUUAAGUCUUUAAAUAGUACGAAUUUUCUAUAGUUUUAUUUCAAUUGCUUAUGGUAGCGGGAGUAUAACACCUCCUCUCUUUCUCUCUCUCUCUCUCUCUCUCUAUAUAUUAGAUGAAUACACUAUACAGCAUUCUGAUUUUGUAUGAAUAAAUUUAAAUGCAUAUGAUGUAGAAAGCAGGGCUAUCAAGUAAACAGAAUAGUAUGAUCAUAUGGGAUCAAUCCAUGGCGCUAAAACAGUACGAACAGUAAUUUUGAAUCUUUCUUUUAUGAAUAUAACUAACAUUAUUUACCUCUUGCACUUGUACCUCUAACAUUUUUGCCAGGCAACAAAGUAACCCCCUUGAUAGGCUAAAUAUCAAAGUGUAUACAAUCAUACUAUUAUAUUAAUUAAGGGCUUACGGUAUUUGCAUUUAACCGAUUGACUGAAUAAAUUGAUGUAAUCAUGCUAAGUCUCUGUUACGAACGAUCAUACUAUUAUACUAAUUAAGGUUUACUCAAAUCAGUCUAAAAAUACUGCUUGUCAGCAAGUCUUUGUUAAAAACAUAAAACUAAUGAUAUAGAAAUAUUUGAAGAUAAAUGUAAAAAUGAAUUGAAUACGAUUUUCUGUAUCUGUGAGUGUACAAGGGCUGCAUUGUUAAUCAGGAUGGGUUCGAUAUCAUAUAUGUAUUGAUCAAGUGAUUUAUAUUUAUCUCACAAAAUAUCAUGAAUGUGGUAACAUAUGCUUUCUCCUUAACUGUUAUCUAAAUAGCUGAUUCCUAUCUCAUGCUCUUAAUGCGGAUCAAUUUUAAGACUUUAAAUAGUACAAAUUUUCUAUAUUUUUAUUUCAAAUGCUUAUGUUAGCGGGGAGUAUACCAUCCCCCUCUUUCUCUCUCUCUCUCUUUAUAUAUAUAUAUUAGAUGAAUACUCUUUUUAAUUGAUAUGGUUUUGUAUGAAUAGAUUUAAUUUCAAAUUAUGUAGAAAAGGGCUAUCAAGUACCCAGAAUAAUGUGAUUAUAUAGGGUAAAUACAUAGCACUAAAACAAUACAAACAGUAACUUUAAAUAUUUCCUUUAUGAAUAAAAAACAAUAUUUUUUACCUCGUGCACUUGUACUUGUGACAUUUUUGUCACAUACCAAAGUUAACCCCCCCCCCCCCCCACCACCACCACCAGGAAUAUUUUGUAUCCCACUUGCUUCCCUUUCAAUUAAAGGAAUGUGUAAAAAGGACUUGUUUGUUUAGUUAAUUAAUUAAAAGGUUAUGCAGAUUAAAUAAAGAUUAAGAGAAGUGUAACCAAAACUUUCACGUAGGUCCUUUCUCUUGUUUAGAAACAUGUCGCUUUAAUAAUGAUGUAGAAAUGAAUUGGGUUGAAAAAGAAUAAAAAUACAUGAAUGUAUGUAUGAUGUAUUGAAACAAAGCAGGCUUACAAUGGAUGUGUCAUGUAGCACAAUGCAAGUAAAUUUAUUAACGCACACGUACUUUCUUUUGUCUCAUUGCCAUUUUAAAAUAUGUUUCUAAAUAUGUAAUAUAUAUUUUGUUUAAUUUCUAUAUUCAUGUUCCUCCAAAGCCAUUCAUUAUACAGUACUAGGGUAUUACCCCUUAUAAGUCUUUCAUGUUUCAAGGAUGUAUGUUUUUGAUAUAUUUCUGUUCGUAUGAUAUAUUUUUGUAUUGAUAUAUAUUUUUCAUUAGAGAUCACUAGUAAUUGAAAUAAAUGUUCCAAUAGGGAAGACUGCUGAAUA